GUAUCUGCUCGUCAUUAUUGGUGGAGGUACCCACAUGCUAACAUGUGUCGACAGUAAUGGCGCACCAAGUGAACUGCCUGUCAACUGGCAUUUCACGUUCUCAGUAGGCCUACCUUCAGUAGGCCCACCUUCUCUAUUCAGUUACCAUACUACGGGCCAGUAUAAUGAGAGGAUGGUCUUGAACGUCAAUCAGAGCAUGUAUUCUACUUUAACCACAAAUCAGGCGACCGUCUAUCUGGACUGCUACGUUGGUGCUCCACCGGCGGAAUUUCCCACCCUAGAUUUUGCCCUGAUCGACCUGUAUAGGGACCUGUGCCAAGAUCCGACGUACUGCGCAAUGGACAACUAUCCGCUGGGGUCCACGGACUGCAAGAGCAGCAUUACCACAGGAGCUACUUUCAGCUGUACCUGCUCGCCAGGCGAUGCGGGCGCUCCUUGCAGGGAGGUGCGAGACUGCAUGGAGAGUCCAGCAACACCCGUUCUGGAGAGGGACUGCAACCCACGUCAUAUCACGGUUCUUAGGAUGACGAUACCGCAUAACAACAUCAUCAACGGCUCCACCAUCAAUGUCACUUGUUCCAGCGACAUCCCAUUCACAGAACAGGUCAAUUGGACCGUCCUCCCAGCGCAUCCCAUGGAGGCCUUGUCGUUCUCUGGACCAAUGGGCACCACGCUUACCAUCUCACCGAUCACGGCCGACGUCGACAGAGACGUAGAUGUUCGCCCCGUGUCUGUGGAGUGCAGGGCUAACGUUAUGGGCAGAUUAGGUCCAGGACUUGGCAAUGCUACGCUCCCUAUUUUGUACGACGUUUGUGCUGAUGCUGAUGUGUGUCAACGAGUAUUCUUGCAUCCACCAGGUUCAUCCGACUGCGUUUUUCCAACGUCUGGUACUCCGUUCUGCCGGUGUCGCCAGAACUCUGCCGGGAGAGGCUGCAGGAUUGUGGAUGGCUGCAGGGGUAAUAUUAGCUUCGCUGACGCAUCGCGUUCAUCCUUACUCUUCUCAUCGACCCUUUCGUCAGUAAAGGCUCUGGAGUGUAUAUUUGGAAUGGGAUGCAGCCUAAACGCAACUGCCCUAGUGUUCCAAUGUACUGAAUCGACCAGUAACACUGUCGCGCCCAACCUCACUAUCGCGCCCAACCUCACUAUCGUGCCCAGUCUCACUAUCGCGCCCAGCCUCACUAUCGCGCCCAACCUCACUAUCGCGCCCAGUCUCACUAUCGCGCCCAGCCUCACUAUCGUGCCCAAUCUCACUAUCGUGCCCAGUAACACUGUCGCGCCCAACCUCACUGUCGCGCCCAACCUCACUGUGGCGCCCAACCUCACUGUCGCGCCCAACCUCACUGUCCUGCCCAACCUCACUGUCAUGCCCAGCCGCACUUCGUUGCCAGCAGGAGUGUUCCAAUGCAGUGGAUCAGCCAGUGACGCUGUCAUGGUCAGCUACAGAUCGUUGCUAAUAGUGAUGGUUGGCAUGGUGGUCGGCAGACGACUCCUCAUCUAACGCGCAUCUACCUCAACUUCUCACGGUGUAAAACUUGUACUAGCCUACAUUUGCAACUGACCAAUCCCCGUGUACAUGACCCUCACAUACAACAGCAUCCCUUUAGAUUAGGGUCAGUUUAGGAAGCAUCCCCUUUGCUUCUUUUUUUUAGGGAAAAAUUAGAGAAAGCCAAUUGUGUACUAGCGCUACAUGUAUAUACCGGGGAUUAAUUUUGCAGCACACAUUGUCCAAUGCCCUGGUUAUACAUGUACAUAUACCGGUUAUUGCCUCAAUUCCAUUGGUUCCCGGUUCGAUUUUAAGCCCAAAAUGACCUGUAAGUGUACGUUUACUCUUUAGUUCAACAAAAGAUUACUCGAUUGUACUUGGUCCACAGUACAAUGUCAC